AUGAAAUUUGCAGAUAAAUUAAUAUAAUAAUAAAAUCCUCCAGCACAGGUUCACAGGAUACUGAAAAUUGGAGACAAGGACUACUAGAAAUUAUCUUAAUAUGCUUAGCCGAUUUAGAUGAUGUCUCAGAGAAUGAAAUAGAUAAUCUAAUGUCUAAAAAUGACAGCUGCUCAAGAAAAUGCCGUAAGUUUGUCUUGCCCGUAGAUCGGGUACAAUUAUUCAAUUUUUGUUAUGUUGAGAAAUGUGAAAAUGAACCAAUGGUGUUACAAUAAUAUAUCAGUGUCGGAUUAUGCGACCUUCAUAAAUCCUUAGAAGUUGAGGCAAAGCAAAUUCACGUAGGUGGAAUGGGAGGAGUGUCCUUCAUUUCCUUUUUUGAUGGGGAAGGUGGAGAGGCCUUACAAAAUCGAAUAUCAAUUUAUUAAUGAAAAGUUUAAAUUAAUUAAACAUUCUCGGAGGUAUAAUUGGUAUUGUAUUACAAUAGUGGUUUUGAGGCUCGAGUGAUUUAACAUGAGAUGGAUCAUUUGGAGGGGAUCACGUUGGACAGACCCGAUAAGAUGUUGUUGGAAUCGAAGAGGGAGAGUUUCAAGUGUGACGAUAUCAAUUUUGAGGGGUUGUAAGAGCAGUUGGCUGAUUUAGAAUUGGCUUCUAUGAAGAUGAAAUUAGAUUAAUUUAAAAGUAAUAAAUGA